GCCCCGAGGGUGUGGACUGGCAGCCACUCCGCAGCUGGUCGCCCGGGACCCGGGGACCGGUCCCUCCCGCGCGCCGAGUGAUGGAGGGGAAGAGAUUCGCUUAGACACACACGCGCACACACAGCUGGGCACGUCCCUGGGAGGCAGCUGCCGGCUGGGGCGCGCCGGGGGCCGGGCGGCGGCCGUGACAGCGUCAGCCGCGGGGAGCGGGGCGCCCGCACAGCUUGGCACCGGUGACUCCGACCCGGGAAGGGAAGAACCCAGCGGAUCGUUGCUUUUGGGGGGGCGAAUCAGGAGGGAGCAGGCUGCCCUAGGAACUGUCGCCGGGGACGCCAAAGACUCUGCCCUCCGCGCUCAGACGCGCCGGUGCCCGUGCGGGGCGAGAAGGAUGCGCCCCUCCUCCCGCCGAGCGGCCGCGGGCCCCGGCACCGCGCGGACACGAGCUCCGGCGGCCGCCCAUGCCGUGCCCGCGCCGCGGGAGCGCGCCCUGCCGCACCUGGCUCCCGUCUCCCGGGGCAGCGCAGGGAUCGCUCCCUAAACUCCGCUGCGCACUUCUCGCCGCUUCCGCCUCCUCCCGGCGCCUGGCCCGGACCGCGCCAUCGCGCUGCCAUCGCCGCCGGCGUGCGGGGCCCGCCUGCCUCGGACUCUCCCGCGCGCACGCAGAGCCCGCUCUCCCGCUCGCAUUCACGCCGCUCGUUCUCCGCCGCGCCAGCCCGGGCAGCCGAAACUACUGGCCCAACCGCCGCAGGGACUGCCAGAGCCGCCGGGGCCCGGCGCCACCUGCCCGCGCCCUGGGCUCCCGCCGCGCCUCCGCCGCCACCGCCUGGGACGACGAGAUAACCAGGUGCCCAGAGGCGUCAGCAUUGUCUUCCCUUCUCAAUGGCAUUUCUGGUGUCCACCUAAGGAGUCUCCUUCUCCAGCCUUGAAACAUUCGGAAAUUAAACAGAGGACACACUUCAUAUCUUCUUGAAAAUUUCCACCAUAUAUGUUCAGAACUUUCUGAAUAAGCAUAGGAUUUUAAGGUGCUGACAGGCAGGGAACAAGCCCAAAAGACAGGCCGUAGGGAAGGAGAGGCCAUGGAAUAUCCACCAACCAGAUAAUCAUCGCUGGAAUAACCGGGAAGUGUCUGAAUGUAGAUGAGGAUUAACAACAACAACAACAACAACAAAAUCAGUGUUAUUUUGAUCACCUACUGUGAAAGCUAUCAAAAAAGUCAGGAAAAGGAAACCAAGUUUUGCUAAAUACCCGUGAACAUUGUCAAGGCUACAGAAGUCCUGAAGGUUGAUGGAGGGCCAUGCUAUUCAAACAGCAGGUGUGGCUGAGACAGAAGCUCCUGGUGCUGGGAAGCCUUGCUGUUGGGAGUCUCCUGUAUCUAGUCGCCAGAGUUGGGAGUUUGGAUAGGCUACAACCCAUUUGCCCCAUUGAAGGCAGAUUCGGAGCCCGCGGGCAGGCUGAAUUCCCUCUCCGCGCCCUGCAGUUUAAGCGCGGCCUGCUGCACGAGUUCCGGAAGGGCAACGUUUCCAAGGAGCAGGUUCGCCUUCAUGACCUGGUCCAGCAACUCCCCAAGGCCAUUAUCAUUGGGGUGAGAAAAGGAGGCACCAGGGCCCUGCUUGAGAUGCUGAACCUCCAUCCAGCUGUGGUCAAAGCCUCUCAAGAAAUCCACUUUUUUGACAAUGAUGAGAAUUAUGCCAAGGGCAUUGAGUGGUAUAGAAAAAAGAUGCCUUUUUCCUACCCUCAGCAAAUCACAAUUGAAAAGAGCCCGGCAUAUUUUAUCACAGAGGAGGUUCCGGAAAGGAUCUACAAAAUGAACUCAUCCAUCAAGUUGCUGAUCAUUGUCAGGGAGCCAACCACAAGAGCUAUUUCUGAUUACACUCAGGUGCUAGAGGGGAAGGAGAGGAAGAAUAAAACUUAUUACAAGUUUGAGAAGCUGGCAAUAGACCCUAAUACCUGCGAAGUGAACACAAAAUACAAAGCAGUAAGAACCAGCAUCUACACCAAACAUUUGGAAAGGUGGUUGAAAUACUUUCCGAUUGAGCAAUUUCACAUUGUGGAUGGAGAUCGCCUCAUCACAGAACCUCUGCCAGAACUUCAGCUCGUGGAGAAGUUCCUCAAUCUUCCCCCAAGAAUAAGUCAGUACAAUUUGUAUUUCAAUGUUACCAGAGGGUUCUACUGCUUGCGAUUUAACGUUAUCUUUAAUAAGUGCCUGGCUGGCAGCAAGGGGCGCAUUCAUCCAGAGGUGGACCCCUCUGUCAUUACCAAAUUGCGCAAAUUCUUUCACCCUUUCAAUCAAAAAUUUUACCAGAUCACUGGGAGGACACUGAACUGGCCCUAGAAUAAUAAGUCAUACAACACCAUGUGUUGUACCUGGAGACAUGCAAUGUCUCCUCUAGAUUAAAAUAUGCACUUUUCCGAGACACAACUGUCGAAGUCAUGUUUUCAUCUCUACUUGUAUAUACACAGUGUGUGACCAAAUAUAAGACCAGUUCUUUUUCUACUGAAAAUGUACAAAACAAUUUGCUGUCUGCAUAGUUGCAUCUUUGAGACGGGAUACUAAAAAAAGAGGUGUGGUAUUGGGGGAAAGUGACUUCAGCUAUUCUCAAAGAGUUAGUCUUCCUUUGAGUCAGAAUUUGUCACCUGCCAUUUACAUAAAUUGAAGCCAAAAGAUGAAUGUGUGAAAAGUACCAAUGGCUGUGAAGCUGCAGGAAGGAGAGGAUUCAGUCAUGCAUUCUUUUCUAAGGGAAAGCUAGCUCUUUAAUUCAGAUGCUGAAUUGGUGCCAUGAAAACAGAAAAUGCUAUUUUAUUAUGAUUUAAAAGGAUGUCCUAUCUCAUAAAAUUGACAUUGUUCCAAAGUUCCUGUGGUGAUUUUGCACUAUUGUUUUCUCGUAUGGACCAUGAUGUCACUUGUAGCAUGUCAAUCAUACAUUGGAAAGUCCUUUCACUUCCAUGUUCUAUGUCAACAAAGAGAAAUGUCAUGUACAUAAUGUAUAUUAUUGUAAAUACUUGUUUCACACUAAGUAACUCUAUUUUGUAAACUGAAUAUGGCUAUUUAAUUUAUUGUGAAAAUUAAAUUUAUUGUGGUAUUUAAAAAUGGAAUGGAUUAAAAUUACUCUAUGUGCAA